AUGCAGCAAAUGCAAUCAGCAUCAUUACACAACUCUACACGACGAACAACGAACACAAAGUUUAAUCCAAACCAGCGACCGAAUCAAGUCAACCAUCUUGCCAGCCAAAAGAAGAUAUCAAGAAUCAACAGCUCACUGCUGCUACUUUUACCAGUAACAUUACGACACCGCAACAUAUACCUUAAGGUAUACGCUUUUCUUGAUACAGGAAGUACAAAUAGCUACAUAUCGCAACCGACAGCAGCAUAUAUUCAACUGGAGGAAACUAACCAUCAGGAACAACUGCUUAUUGGAGGUUUCUUCAACUCGCAAACGAUAGAGGCUAAGACAGUGGAUUUUACAGUUCAAUCAUUUGGAAAAAACACUUUAGCGUUUGAACUAACUAAUGUUUUAAUCAAAGAGAACUUCAACUUGAAUGCAGCGGAGCCCGAAAAGUUGAACGACAUCUGCAGCCAAUACGACCACCUUAAGGAUAUAUGUUUUCCGGACUUCAGCAACAAUGACGUAGCCCUAGUGAUUGGAACGGACAAUAUUGACAUCAUCAGCGCGAAGACCAUCAUCAAAGGAAAUCAAAAUGUUCCUCGAGCAGUCCUUACAGCCCUAGGAUGGACAAUAGCAGGACCGAACAACGACAUUGGAUACUUCUCAAGCCACCAAGCAACAGCCACCCCAAUACAGAUAUCAACUGACGACACACAAAUCUUGGAUGUUCUCGCUUCAAUCUGGCGAAUGGAAACCUAUGCCACAUCACCUGAAAUAACGAUGUCAUCGGACGAAAUACACGCUAUGCAAACUCUUCGGAAAACCAUAUCAUUAUACGACAACCGCUAUCAACUUGGACUUCUGUGGAAACCAAAUGCAAAUCUCCCCAACAACUAUAAAGCAGCAAUUGCCCAAUACAACCGGAUGAAAAUACAACUUACCAAGAAUUCAGAAAAGUUGGCUCUCUACCAGAAUACAAUUGAGCAGGAUCUCAGCAAGCACUACAUAGGGAAAUUAGAGCCAGACGAAAUACCUUCGACAGGAUGGAUGUUACCUGAACAUGGCGUAAUCAACCCAAACAAGCCAGGAAAACUUCGCCGUGUUUCCAAUGCCAAAUCCAAAUUUAAAGGAGUUUGUCUGAAUGAUAUGCUUUUCACUGGACCUGACUUGCUUUACAAUCUACUGGGAGUAAUUACCCGAUUUCGCAAAGGAAAGCAUCCCAUCACUGCCGGCAUUGAAGGGAGGUAUAUGCAGGUUUCUGUUAAACCCGAAGAAAGAAAAUUUCUUCGUUUCCUCUGGGGAGCGGUAGAACCCGAGUUUUUUGAGUACACUCGAUUCGUCUUUGGAGCCAAAUGUUCUCCUACUUGUGCAAUUUACGCCUUAAGAACUUGUGCAGACGACAAUGCUGAAAGCCAUCCCCACAUCAAAAAACUUGUCUACGAGAACUUCUACAUGGACGACAUCUUCGAAGCCACCGACGACAUCGACACCGCAGUGAAAAUCAUAGAAGACCUUCGACACGUACUAAAACAAGGAAGCUUCAACCUGACGAAGUGGAUCACUACGGAUCAUAGAAUUCUGCAAACAAUACCAGAAGAACAUAGAUCCAUCACCAUAGACGAAAUCAAGGACCCCAAAAUCUUCAAGCGAAUUCUCGGAAUGGAAUACGAUGGAGAGUAA